AUGGGGAAAAACUCCCUGAAAACUGUUUCUUUGGCAGAGCUACAGGACACACCUGAACCAUCACCCCCAGAUGAAAAGGAAGGCAGAAGAAGAUUGUGGCGGCAUGAAGAUAUUGAGACAUUCCAGGUUCCAGACUCAAGUUUUAACCACCCUGAUGCUGUAAAGACACCCUUUCAUUAUUUUAAAAUGCUCUUCACAGAUGAGAUGAUUACACAUAUCUCUGAGCAAACCAAUCUCUACGCUGCCCAGGAGCUGGGAGAUCCAAUCAGCACCAGUCCUGAAGAGAUUGAAAAAUUCCUGGCAAUGCUUCUCUUCAUGGGUGUUUUCAGUUUCCCAGCCAUCGAUGACUACUGGUGCAUUGAGUCACGGUUCGAUGUGAUAGCCGAUAUUAUGCCAAGGAGAAGAUUCAAGCUGUUACGCCGGUACCUUCAUUUUAAUGACAAUCAGCAGUGCGAUGGCAGUCCAGAUCGGUUCUACAAAAUCCGCCCCCUUUUUGACAUGCUUCGUCAGCAGUGUCUUCUGAUCUCAUCCACUUACCAGCACAGUGUGGAUGAGGUCAUGGUGGCGUAUAAAGGCACAAGGGCUGGCUCUCUCCGCCAGUAUAUUGCCAACAAGCCAGACAAGUGGGGCUUUAAAUUGUUCUGCCGGGCCAGCUCAUCUGGCAUCAUUCAUGACUUUCUGCUUUAUCAGGGGGCAUCCACAUUCUUCAACGUUGCCCUAACUGAGCAGGAGGAGGCACUGCUUCUAGGGGCCAAACUUGUGACAACACUCUGCAAAACCAUCACACUGCCAAGACUUUCAGUCGUCUUCUGUGACAACUUCUUCACCAGUUUCGACUUGGUCCAGAACCUGCAAGAGAACCUGGGCAUCAGGUGCAUUGGCACUGUCCGACCAAACCGCAUGGGUGGAGCAACCUUAAAGACGGACAAAGAGCUGAUGAAGGAAGGACGUGGAGCUUUUGACUUCAUGUCUGCUGAAGGGCUGCUCGCAGUGAAAUGGUUCGAUAAUAAAUGUGUGAGCUUUCUUAGCAGUGCCAGUGGGAUCACACCUCUUUCCUCUGUCAAACGGUGGAGCAAAGAGGCCAAAGCAAAGGUCGCUGUCGCGUGCCCUUCACUCAUCCCUGCCUACAAUAAGCAUAUGGGAGGCAUUGAUCUGUCUGACAUGCUGGUACACAUGUACAAGACCCCGGCGAAAUCCAGGCGAUGGUACCUUCCGCUGUUUGGAUACAUCCUAGACCUCUGCAUCUCAAAUGCCUGGCUCGUCUACAAGCGGGACUGCAGCUUCCUGAAAGAAACACCACUGCCUCUCAAAAAGUUCCGACUGGCAGUCGCACACACUAUGGCUCAAGUCAACAAGCCAGCAUCCAAAGUUGGCCGACCUUCAUCAUCCUCUCCACCACAGACUGUGUAA